UCGGAGGGCACAGAGAUGAGGAGGGGUCUGGAGCAUCUCCCGUGUGAGGAGACACUGCGGGAGCUGGGCCUGGUUAGUCUGGAGAAGAGAAUACUGAGAGGGGGUCUCAUCAAUACACAUAAAUGUCUCAAAGUUGACCAUGCUCUGGCUCGUUUAAUAACUGCGUACGCUGAACACGGCCACAAAGCAGCCAAAAUAAACCCCCUGUUUGCUGGCCAGGCUCUUAUGAACAUGGUACCUGAAAUCCAACAGCUGGCUGAAGUUCUUCAAGGGCCUCUCGUUACUACAGGACUUCUAAACAUGGGAAAAGAAGAAUCUUCCGUAGAGGAUGUGUUGGCUUACCUUGACCAUAUAUACUGCGGGCAUAUUUCCAUAGAAACAAGCCAGCUUCCAACUUUGGAGGAGAGGGAAUGGUUUGCUAAAAGGUUUGAAGAGCUAAAGCAAGAAGCAUUUACACCUGAAGAGAAAAAGCACUUGUGCAAACUGAUGCUGGAGUCCCAGGAGUUUGAUCACUUCUUAGCCACCAAGUUUGCCACGGUGAAGCGCUAUGGCGGCGAGGGGGCAGAGAGUAUGAUGGGCUUCUUCCACGAGCUGUUCAAGAUGUGUGCGUACAGCGGAGUGACGGAUGUUGUUAUUGGAAUGCCUCACCGUGGAAGGCUUAAUCUCCUCACAGGUCUGCUUCAGCUCCCACCCGAGCUCAUGUUCCGUAAGAUGCGUGGUUUGAGUGAGUUCCCAGAGAAUUCAGCAGCCAUUGGGGAUGUUCUCUCCCACCUGACAUCUUCUGUAGACCUCGAUUUCGGUGCCCACAGGCCUGUGCACGUCACCUUGCUGCCCAACCCCUCACAUUUGGAAGCCAUCAAUCCAGUGGCCGUGGGCAAGACACGGGGGAGGCAGCAGACCCUGCUCGAUGGAGAUUACUCCCCAGACAGCUCUGCACAGCCUGGGGACAAAGUUAUUUGCCUGCAGGUUCAGGGAGGAGCAAGUGUAGCAUGGCAAGGGAUAGAGUGGGGACUCCUCUCCUUACCCCAGCUCCCAUCACAAAAAGCAUCUGUCGUUCAUUUGUUGUUACAUUCACUUCGCAUGAGUUGUCUGUAAUUUCAGCAGAGUAGGUGUCUGUUUUCUCUGGAAGGGGUUUCAUGUGAUUACUGUUAUGUUCCAAAUCCCUGGGCAGGUAAGAUCAUUGGGUGUGCAGUUAUCCACGUGAAUGGGGAUGAUCCUGAAGAAGUUGUCCGUGCCACACGCCUGGCCGUCGAGUACCAGCGCCAGUUCCGCAGGGACGUCAUCGUAGACUUGCUGUGCUACAGGCAGUGGGGCCACAACGAGCUGGAUGAGCCCUUCUUCACCAACCCCUGCAUGUACAAAAUCAUCAGAUCCCGUAAGAGUAUCCCUGACACGUAUGCAGAGCACUUGACAGCUGCUGGGCUCAUGACUGAGGCCGAAGUGUCCGAGAUAAAGACGACGUACUAUUCCAAACUCAACGACCACCUUGCCAACAUGACGUCGUACAGCCCACCUGCCACCAACCUGCAGGCUCACUGGAAAGGCUUCGUGGAGCCUUCUGCUAAAAUCACCACCUGGGACACAGGGAUGCCUGUGCCACUGCUGCAGUUCAUCGGAGUCAAGUCUGUGGAGGUGCCCGAAGAGCUCCAGAUGCACAGCCACCUCCUGAAGACCUACGCGCAGUCAAGGGUUCAAAAAAUGGAGGAAGGAAAAAAGCUGGACUGGGCAACAGCUGAAACUUUAGCAUUUGGUUCUCUGCUGAGCCAAGGGUUUAAUAUCAGACUAAGUGGACAAGAUGUUGGCAGAGGAACCUUCAGCCAACGACACGCGAUGUUGGUUUGCCAAGAGACAGAUGAUACCUACAUUCCUCUGAAUCACAUGUCCCCAGACCAGAAAGGUUUCCUAGAGGUGAGUAACAGUCCCUUGUCUGAAGAAGCUGUGCUUGGUUUUGAAUAUGGAAUGAGCAUUGAGAGCCCCAAGUUACUGCCAAUUUGGGAAGCUCAGUUUGGAGACUUCUUUAAUGGAGCCCAGAUAAUAUUUGACACUUUCAUCUCUGGAGGUGAGGCCAAAUGGCUUCUGCAGAGUGGGAUAGUAAUUCUUCUUCCCCAUGGCUAUGAUGGUGCAGGCCCUGAGCACUCGUCCUGCAGGAUGGAACGGUUCUUGCAGAUGUGUGACAGCUCAGAGGAGGGAGUUGAUGGGGACCAGGUCAACAUGUCAGUUGUCCAUCCCACCACCCCAGCACAGUAUUUCCAUUUACUCCGGAGGCAAAUGGUCCGAAACUUCAGGAAACCUCUCAUUGUUGCAUCUCCCAAAGUGUUACUCAGGCUCCCAGCUGCUGUAUCAAGUUUUGAAGAAAUGGCCCCAGGGACAACAUUCAAGCCUGUCAUUGGUGACUCCUCAGUAGAUCCUAAAAGUGUCACCCAAGUGGUGCUGUGUUCUGGAAAGCAUUACUAUGCUCUGGUGAAGCAAAGAGAGACACUGGGAGAGAAGCAGCACAACACAGCUAUUCUGAGACUUGAGGAGCUCUGUCCUUUCCCCCUGGAGGCUCUACAGCAAGAGUUGAGCAAAUACAGCCAAGCAAAAGACUUCAUCUGGAGUCAGGAAGAACCACAGAACAUGGGUCCAUGGUCCUUUGUGUCACCACGGUUUGAAAAGCAGCUGGGGCUUAAGCUCCGCCUUGUGAGCAGACCUCCCCUCCCAGCCCCAGCUGUUGGCAUUGGAACCCUCCACAACCAGCAGCAGGAAGACGUUCUGAGGAAGACAUUUCUCUGAGUUUUCAACAGACAGACUGCUCCUGCUGCCAGUCGUGUUUGGUGCCUCCUCCUGUGAAGAAGAACAAAGGCCAGAUCCUUAAGACUCUUGGUUCUCCAAAAUGGAAACCAAAAAAAGGGUGGAAUGAGUUUGGUAAUGAUGAAGAAAUUUUUUCAUGUAGGGGAAAACCUAAUGAUGAGAAAGGAUUCCUGUUACUCUUGAUACUUCUUGUUCUCUUGUAGUAUUUUCUACAAAACAUCUCUUUAAGGUUAAAACCAAAAUCCAGUCUAGGGGACAGAUUGGUGAGGUGACUAUAUAAUGCCUUAUAUCACACUGCUUAUCUGCACUUUACAGUUCCUGGGAUGGUGCAUGUGUGGAAACAGGCUCUGUUUCUUCUGUUUCCACAUAAGUGUUAGUGCUGUUUGGUCAAAUAAAUGCUUCCCCAUGCCUGGGAAUGAGCCAUUUCUGUAGCA